GCCGCCGCCGCCGCCGCAGCCCUCGGCUUCCCCGGCUGGAAACCUUUGCAAUUGAGCCGCUGCUUCUAGGUCUGCGCCGCCCGCCGCCCCUCCCGCCAUCCCGGGGCUUGCGAGAGAGCGCAACGGGGACUCAGGGCUGCGGGGAAAACCUGUGACCCCCGCGCAAGAGCGGGGCGGGGGACCGGGAGAAGAUGGCGACGCCGGGAAGCGAACCCCAAGCUUUCACGCCCGCCCUCUCGGUAACCGCCCUGCACCCGCAUCUCCACCAGCACCACCAGCACCACGGAGGCACUGGAGGAGGCGCGGGCUUCAACCUGCCCUUGAACCGUGGGCUGGAGCGCGCGCUGGAAGAGGCGGCCAAUUCUGGGGGCUUGAACCUGAGCGCAAGGAAGCUGAAGGAGUUUCCCCGGACGGCAGCCCCGGGGCACGACCUCUCGGAUACGGUUCAGGCAGAUCUGUCUAAAAACAGGCUGGUGGAGGUGCCGAUGGAACUGUGCCAUUUCGUGUCCCUGGAAAUCCUUAACCUGUACCACAACUGCAUCCGCGUCAUUCCUGAGGCUAUUGUCAACCUGCAGAUGCUGACCUACUUAAACCUGAGCCGCAAUCAGCUGUCUGCCCUGCCCGCCUGCCUGUGUGGUCUGCCUCUCAAAGUCUUAAUCGCGAGUAACAACAAGCUGGGAUCACUGCCUGAAGAGAUAGGUCAGCUCAAACAGUUAAUGGAGUUGGAUGUCAGCUGCAACGAGAUCACAGCCUUGCCCCAGCAGAUAGGCCAGCUGAAGUCUCUGCGAGAACUGAACGUCCGGAGAAAUUACCUUAAGGUUUUACCACCCGAGCUAGUAGAUCUCCCCUUGGUAAAGUUUGACUUUUCCUGUAACAAAGUUCUGGUGAUCCCCAUCUGCUUCAGAGAGAUGAAGCAGCUGCAGGUGCUUCUGCUGGAGAACAACCCUCUGCAGUCCCCUCCGGCUCAGAUUUGCACAAAAGGCAAAGUGCACAUAUUUAAGUAUCUGAGUAUACAGGCGUGCCAGAUUAAGACGACUGAUCCCCUCUACCUCCACGCCAUGGAGAGGCCUCAUUUACACCAGCACGUAGAAGACAGUAAGAAGGAUUCUGAUUCGGGAGUUGGAAGUGACAAUGGAGAUAAGCGGUUGUCUGCCACCGAGCCCUCCGAUGAGGACACGGUUAGCCUCAAUGUUCCCAUGUCAGAUAUCGUGGAGGAAGACCAGACCAUCGAGGAGGAUGCACGCCAUCGUCUGACCCCAGCUAAAGGAGAAUUUCAGCCAAAGCCUUCCCUUUUGGGUGAGAACAACAGCUCAGGACAAGAAAGAGACCAGUUUGCUGAUGGAGCAGAUGCUCUUCAUUCGGGAUUUAUGAACUAUAUUAAGGACCAGGCAGAAGACUGUGAAGAGCUGUUGCGCAUAGAAGAGGACGCUCACUGGCAGAUGGAGGGAUUACUAGGGUCAUCCAAAGAUCAGGAUUUGGAUAUAGUGAUGAUGGAGCAGUUCCGAGAAGCAGAUUUGCUUCAGGAUCCCAACGGUCUGAGCACCGACAUCACAGAGAGGAGUAUUUUGAACCUGUACCCCAUGGGCUCUGCAGAAGCCUUAGAAUUACCAGACCCCACGAUCAAUGGUCAGAUGCAGCUAGAGACGUCUCCAGAGUGUGAGGUGCAAAACGACCUGAUGUUACAGAGCAAUGGGAGCCAGUAUUCUCCAAACGAGAUGAGAGAGAACUCGCCUUCGGUGUCUCCGACUGCAAACAUCACAGCUCCCUUUGGCCUGAAGCCUCGCUCAGUGUUUCUAAGACCUCAGAGAAACCUGGAAUCCAUAGACCCACAGUUUACGAUUCGGAGGAAGAUGGAGCAGAUGAGAGAAGAAAAGGAGCUGGUGGAGCAGCUCCGCGAGAGCAUCGAAAUGAGGUUGAAAGUGACCCUCCACGAAGACCUCGGGGCUGCACUCAUGGAUGGCGUCGUGCUCUGCCACCUGGCCAACCAUAUCCGCCCGCGGUCUGUCGCCAGCAUCCAUGUCCCCUCACCUGCAGUUCCCAAACUCAGCAUGGCCAAGUGCAGGAGGAAUGUGGAAAACUUCCUGGAAGCUUGCAGAAAACUUGGCGUUCCCGAGGAAAAGCUCUGUCUGCCUCAUCACAUCCUUGAAGAGAAAGGUCUGGUCAAAGUGGGCAUGACUGUUCAAGCGCUGUUGGACGUCGCCGUCACAAAAGCUCUGUUCACAUGAGGCCCAGCCGCCUCUGCUGGGUGGGCUCAGACUCUACCCAGAGCAGGGACCCCGGGCUCUGCUCCUGGCACCUGUACCUGCUCCCCCACUCGCCAGUUCCCUGACCAGCUACGUUGACAAGACUUCAGCCGAAGGGAGGAUUUGGGUCCUUUUAGAGUUGGUCUCCAGGGUUCAGGUUGGACAGGUGUUGUCUGGCAGCCAGUGAGGGAGCUGGCAGAGAUUGGAGUAGCACACCAUUGCCGUUUCAACCUCCUCUAUCCCUUCCACACUUACCAACUGCCAUUACCAAACGCCAAGCACAAACCGUUUCACAGUGAGUCGCGUCUGUUGUAGCAAAACCAAACUCCUUGCAGAAUCAGUGGUGGGGGCGGCGGGGAAGGGGAUGCAACCAGGUUCUUCUGCCACCAAAUUCUUUCAAGAUGUUUCUUGAGACCAUUGCCUUUUUUGAGAAACUAUUUUCAACACACAAAAUAUUUAUAUAAAUAUUAUUUAUUAGUGAGCCGUUAUUCAUCCUUUGGAUGCAAAUUGUAAAUUAGGAGACUAUUUUAUUACUGCUUUUUUGUGGUUAAACAAUUUAUUUUAAUAUUAUAAAUACUGAGUUAUUUUCGAGCCUCUUUGGCGCGUAGGAGUUCCAGGUCUCAGUGUUCCUAUUUCCUGGUGGUGUAUAUGAUUCAGAAAAGGGAAAUUAAGCAAGAAACACUUAGUGCUUCCGUGACAACGAGCUGUAUUCUGGGGAGGUGACACGCACCCUUUGAUUUGUGGAACAUUGAUCUUAUUUAUAUUUCUGCAUUCCAUCCAGUUUCCUACAUUCCAGCAGCCCUCCCUCUUAGCCCCUCUUAGAGUGAACUGACUGAAAUCGCCAGCGCACCCCAGAGUAAUUUGUAAAUAGCUAUGUGGAAAAAAAAAAGGCAUAUUAAACUUGAAGAUGAAAUGUGAACAGGUUAUUUUUUUGAUUCAUGUUUCUUUUGCUAUGCGCAAAAACAUUCACAUUUUAACACAGAGAAGUGGGACGUGUCCAGCAUAUGUCUCGAGGUAUAAUUUUUUUGCACUGUAUUUUGGGUAAUUGAGUAGCACCUAGCACCAAAGGUAGACGUGGAGAAAAUGGGCGUGGAAAUGGGGAUGAUGGAAGGUCUAACUAUAGGGUCUUAAGAGUUGGAGUCAGGAAACCAGCACUUCUUACAACUGCCGGCAUUCGAAAAGCGUGAGCUUCCCAAAUGUCGACGGGCUCAUUUUUAUUGUAAUGGAGCUGGUGCUUUUAAAAAGAGACCAGACGUGGAAGCCUCGCCGGUGUCUGGUAGGAAACUUGGGAAGUGAGGUGGGUCGUGGUGCCUCUGGUAGGCAGCUACGUGCACAGCCAUGCAGUGUGGGUAAAGGGCAAGUAGGUAGAGUGUGUGAGCAGCCAGUGGGGAGCAAAGACGAGCACAUUAGGACUAGCGAGGAGCCAGCCAAGGAGAGGAGCCCGACCCACCCUGCGGGUGCGAGAGCUUCCUUGAAGGCUUCAUAGGACUAUGCCGGGCAGUGACACCCAUGCACACUCACGCUGUAGGUAUGGAUGGAUAUCCCAGCCAUUUGUCUGUCCAAACCCCUCAAUGCUGAUUGCACAUUCACCGCUGUACAAAGCCAUUAGCCACAGUAGCUACGGGGGGGAGGGGGGGGGAAAGUGUUGACUGUCACGGUAGGUACAAAAAACUUCAGGAGAAACGAGUGCGUUCAGCAGAGACGGACCCUCCACCAGGACAUGAUGGGGGUUUCUGAACACGGGGUUCCGACCGGCAGCUAGGAAAUUACUUCCUAUCAAAUGUACUGUGCACUUUAACAUAAAUCUAUUUUAAUACUUUACUGCACAAAUACCUGUUUUGUCAGAUGGCGUAACAAUGUAAAGAUGAGAGGGUUUUUAACAGUGUGUUCAACCAGAGCAGCAUUCAAAGCUUAGCUACACAGGGAUUUGGAAUGCUGCGCCUUUGUGGCUUGGCAGCAGGGGGUCCUGAAAUAUAUUUUUACAUGUAUCUUUGAUGACAUGAAGCUCAGUAACCAUGACUUUUGGAUAUUUUUUUAAUUAAAAUAUUUCUUUUGAUAUUAAUUUCCACUAUUUUCUUGAAAUUGGCUGUAUCAUACAAAUGGCUUCAAAUAUUUUGUAAAAUGUUUUUUUUAAUGCAGUUCUUGUAUGGAUAAGAUGUCUUCAAGAUCCUUGUACACUGUUUAUAUGUGCAAUGAAACGUGCAUGACUGGCUGACAGUGUGAUAAGUAGACAGAAUGUAUAUAGUGCAAACCUUUUUAUUAUUUAACAGCCAUUAAAACGUUGAACUUGUACCAACCA